CCCACGACCCUUUUCCCUUUCUCGAUCGCCACGCACAGCCAAUAAGCGCCAGGAUCUGUUACUCUUCACCUCUUUGCCUUGCUUCCGCUCUCCUCCUCCUUUCUGGGUUUUGGUCAGAUAAGUGCUUUUACUCCUUUGUUCAUCGCUUUGCUUUGAAGGGUUCUUGCUCUUAUCUUCCCCUUUUCUGAUUUAAUCGCUCUUAUUAAUUAUGGGUUUAGUCAUGUUUGAAGGGUUUCUCUUGAUUCCUUUGGUUUCUGCCCAAAUGGGGUUUGUUUGAAAGAAAUUUCCCAUUGUCUAGUGGGGAAAUUUCGACCUGGGUGUGCCUUUUUUGUCAUUCUUUAUCAAUAGGGAUGAUUGUUUGGUGAUUUAAUAGUUCAAGGUUCAUAUGAACGAUAGGAUUCUGGACUAUGCGUUUUUGGGUAUGAGAUGAAAUGUUCUUUUGACAUAUAUGGAAGGUAAUUUAUCACAAGGAGGGUUGAUUCCAGGAGGAACCUCUUAUGGAGGUCUCGAUUUGCAAGGACCCUUUAAGGUUCAUAGCCAAGCACAACACUCUCACGCCUUACACCAACAACAUCAUCCUCAUACUCGUCAGGGAUCUGCGGCCAAUCCUUCCAUUCAGGAGGGAUUUUCACUUUCCAUGGGAGUUGUACAAAAUUGUGACCAUGCCAUGUCUUUGGUAGAUUAUAACAAGGGAGAAAGGUGUAAAAACUCGGCUAGUGACGAAGAGCCGAGCUUUACUGAGGAUGGUAUUGAUGGUCAUAAUGAGACGAGUAAGGGGAAGAAGGGAUCGGUAUGGCAUCGCGUGAAAUGGACGGAUAAAAUGGUGAAGCUUCUGAUUACAGCAGUGUCUUAUAUAGGAGAUGAUAUUAAUUCAGAUUUUGAUGGGGCUGGAAGAAGGAAAUGCCAUAUUAUACAGAAGAAAGGUAAAUGGAAAUUGAUAUCAAAAGUCAUGGCUGAAAGGGGCUAUCAAGUUUCACCUCAGCAGUGUGAGGAUAAGUUUAAUGAUCUCAAUAAGAGGUAUAAGAGGCUCAAUGAUAUAAUUGGGAGAGGCACUUCUUGCAAGGUUGUUGAGAACCCUGCACUUCUUGAUGUUCUUGAAUAUUUAACAGAUAAAGAGAAGGAUGAUGUGAGAAAGAUUUUAAACUCGAAGCAACUGUUCUAUGAGGAGAUGUGUUCUUAUCAUAAUUCAAAUCGACUUCAUCUGCCCCAUGAUCCUGCUUUGCAGCGUUCUUUGCAGCUGGCUUUUAGAGCAAGGGAUGAUCACGAUAAUGACGAGCCAAGGAGACACCAAAAUGAUGAUUUUGAUGAAAACGAACAUGAUGAAACUGAUGAACGUGAUGAUUUUGAGGAGAAUUUUGCACCUCAUGGGGACAGUAGACGAUCAUUCGGGGUAUUAGGAGGCUCAGUGAAGAGGCUAAGACGAGACCAAGACCAUGAUGAUACUCAUGCCUGUGGCAAAUCCUUGAGUUCUCAUGCUCACGCACAAGCACAGUUUGCUCAAGCUGAUACAGCUCACUUAGAAACUGAAGGUAUGAAGGGUUCAACAUCGCAAAAACAGUGGAUGGAGCUUCGUUUACUUCAAUUGGAAGAUCAAAAGCUUCAAAUUCAAGUUGAAAUGUUGGAAUUGGAGAAACAGAAGUUCAAGUGGGAGAGAUUCAACAAGAAAAAGGACCGUGAGUUGGAAAAAAUGAGGAUGGUAAAUGAGAGGAUGAAGCUUGAAAACGAGCGCAUUGCACUCGACUUAAAGCAAAAGGAAAUUGGCUCGGGAUUUCAUUGAUCGGCUGCUAUAAUCCAAACAAAGUUUAUCAGGUUGGAAGAUUUUCUUUCAAUUAAUCUACUACUUUGAAUCAUUGAGCUGCUGUUGUUUAUAUAUUUCUGGUUAUGCGAGUAAUGAGAGUUUUAUUUGGGUAUUUUUACAUUGCCUUCAUCUAGCAUGUAAAGUUAGAAAGGUGACAAUACAAAUGGCUGCUUUUCACUGUUUUUCCUUUACUUAUGUGGAAUCUGUCGUGGUUGAGGAAUAUGAAGAAUGGUUGAUAUGUGCCAAAUUGAUGCCAUUUCUCUGAAUUAAUUCCACCGUUUUGGUCA